ACGUUACGCGCACUUCCGGUGGGCUCCUGUCAGGUGACCGUUCAAGAUGGCGUCCCCCGCAGAUGUCGGCCGGCUCCGGGCCCCCGAUCGGGAAGGAGAGGGAGGCAAAGACGAGGCCGCCCUGGGGGACCUGCGCAGCGUCCUUGUCACGAGCGUCCUCAACCUGGAGCCGCUGGACUUGGACCUCUUCCGUGGGAGGCACUACUGGGUGCCAGUCACACGGCGACUGUUUGGUGGGCAGAUAGUGGGCCAGGCCUUGGUGGCAGCAGCAAAAGCUGUGAGUGAGGAUGUUCAAGUCCAUUCGCUGCAUUGCUACUUUGUGCGAGCAGGGGACCCCACGGUGCCGGUCCUGUACCAGGUGGAGCGCACUCGCACCGGGAAGAGCUUCUCAGUGCGCUCAGUCAAGGCCAUCCAGCAUGGAAAGCCCAUCCUCAUCUGCCAGGCCUCCUUUCAGCAGGAUCAGGCCAGCCCUGUGAAGCACCAGUUCCACAUGCCUGAGGUGCCCCCCCCGGAGGAGCUGCUGACCCAGGAGGAGCUCAUCCAGAAGUACCUACAGGACCCAAACCUCCUGGAGAGGUACAGACAGGGACUCAACAAGAUGCUGGCCCAAGAAGUUCCCAUCGAGAUGAAACCCGUCAACCCCCCCGACUGCUUCCACCAGAACCCACAGGAGCCGAAGCAGCUGUUCUGGGUGAGGGCCAGAGGCCACAUUGGUGAAGGUGACAUGAAGCUGCACUGCUGCGUGGCUGCCUACAUCUCGGACUACGCUUUCCUGCAUACAGCCCUGCUGCCCCACAAACACCACAGAGUCAGUUUCAUGGUCUCUCUGGAUCACUCCAUGUGGUUCCAUGCCCCCUUCAGAGCCGACCACUGGAUGCUGUACGAGUGUGAGAGCCCCUGGGCUGGUAAGGUGCUGCCGGAUGUGCAGGGUGGGUGGGAGAGAGAGACUCUGGGAGAAGGAGCGGUCUGCUUUGAGGCAAACAGUGCUCAGCGCCCCCCCUCUUCCACACACAGGUGGGUGCCGGGGCCUUGUGCACGGACGUCUCUGGCGCAGGGACGGUGUCUUGGCUGCCAGUUGUGCCCAGGAAGGUGUCAUCCGUGUGCAGGAGCACCACACCAGGAACAAGCUGUAGCGCAAGCGCUUCCUGUCCCGCUGCAGCACUUACGAGGAGGCACAAGUGGGGCCCACAGGACCUUGGCCGGAAGACAAGCUGAGUGGGUGGGAUUUGCACAGAGACCCAGAGGGAGGAGCACUGAGGAGCAUUGCUUUAUCGGGCAGAUCAGUUACAGACUGUCCCCAUCGCUAAUAAAGUGUCUGCACCCCGCCCUGCAAGGCUCUGGUCUCCUGAGGCUGCAUGUGGGGGGACGACCCAGAUGCCACCCCUUUCCCUCUGCGCUACCCCACGGCAGGAGGGAGAGCAGCGAGCCCCUCUGCCCACCAUGGCACAGGACAGCACAGCUGGGGCGCCAAGGCAGAAAGGACCGCCUGCAGCCCCCUUCCCAAGCUUCCCUUCUUCACCUUUUGGGGUUCCAGCACUUCCCGCCCAGCCCAGCCCAGCCAGCAGCAGCAGGGGCCAGCAGGACCGGCUUCUGCCACCAUGGCCUGCCUCCCAGAGGCGUGCCCUCCGCCCCCCAGAAGCUGAACUGGCACAGCGGUCAGUGUCGAGACAAGCAUGGCAGACGUUGCCAUCCCUUUCCCCAUCAAGCAUUCAAGUAACAUCAACGUCCCCCCGAGAAGCAGCGCGUUCCUCUACUGAGUCCUAGAAAAAUCCCAGCAGUGCUCCUCUUUCGGGCACUGCGCUCCUCAGGCUGGUGAGCGGGCUGCCCUGGCACACGGAGGCCAGGUCGCCCGGAGUACAGCCCCUCUGGACCUGCUCGCACCCCAGCCCCGCCCUGCGCUCACAAAGCAAAACCAGCCAGGCUGCUGUCCCUGAGCACCUGCUGCUGCACGAAGGCCCCGUCAGGGCAGCGCUUGCUUGAUGAGCAGCUCCUUCAGGGUGGGCAGCAGCAGCCCCACCUCUCCGGCCUCCUGCAGAGCCUGCAGCCGGGCCUCGGCCUGCCGCUUGUCCCUGCCCAGCAUCCAGGAGAGGUGGAUGUAGGCCUGCAGGAAGGGGGCCAGGAGCGGGUGGCGGUCCUGGGCCUCCAGCAGCCACAGGGCCUGCUCGCAGGAGGCGUGGGCCUCGCCAAGCUGCUCCAACUCCUGCUGGCAGACGGCCAGGCCAGCCAGCGUCAGCAAGAAGUGGCCAGAGUGGCAGGCCCCCAGUUUCUCCUGGAGCCGCUGGCUGUUGGUCCAGACUGCCAGGGCCUGGUGGUACACGCCGCUGCAAGUCAAGCGCUGGGCCCCCUGCAGGUCAUUAAGGAAGAAGAACUCCAGGUAGUCAGCUGAGCGGCGGAUCUCCGGCAAGGAGUGCAGGUGGGACAGGAAUUGCUCAAAGGCCCGGCUGCGCUUGGCAAUCGUCUCGGCUGUGAAGUUGCGCCGCAGCCGUUUCUGGGGGAAGGAGACGCCUGCCAUGUCACUGCCAAAAUGGCGACGCAAGCGCCGGUUCAGCCGCUCAAAGUCCGAAUAGCGGCGGGCGAUGGUGGCAGGAGCUUUGUCAAACUGCCCUGCCCGGAUCAAGUAGAUGGUGUAGAGCUGUGGGCAGAACAGACAGGGUGAAGGGAGCUGCCCAGAAGUGAGGGGACCCGCUUCCAACAGCAAAGCUGAAUGGCAGCAGGCAGGCAGGCCUUCCCUCCCUCUAGCUGGCCGGCCAUGUGUGGUUGUGCCCCACCCUCCACAGACGAAUCCCCAAGUGCCAAGGAAUUGCUCAGAAGCAAGGUGGGGGAAGCAGCAGCAGCGGCGUUACCUGAGGCUCUUCUGAGCCAGCAAUGCCCAAACCGCAGCACAAGGAAAGAGAGAGAAGAGUCAGGGCCAGACCCCCCAGGAAGCCCCCCAAACCCAGCCAAUAAGGCAAGGUGUGGCAGAUGGGAGACUCACUUAGAAGGCAGAGAAGACUGUGAGGACGCUGCAGGCAAGGACUCAAUCCAGGGCUAGCUAGCCACCCUCUUCUCUCUCCUUGCCACAGAGCUGGAACUGCCCGAGGGGAUCCCACGGCUCCGGCAGAUGGCCAUUUGGCUGGGCCUGGCUCAAGGCCAGGACAGCUAACUGCUUUCCCCUCUCCACGGCCCCCUCCUCCCUACCCGCAAGAAGUCGGCUCCUUCUCCAGUCAGUUUUGCUGCCCCAGAACCCAGAUCCUUUCCCAGGCCUGGGAUCCUUCCAUUGCCCUCCCCCCAUCACUCACCACGUACUUGGAGUUGCGCUCAUUGACCACGUUGGCACUGGUGACUUCGAAGAGGAGGCGCUGGGGUACGAAGCUGCCCCGCGAUUUCCGCCAGAGCUCCUGCAACUGCCGCGUGAGCAGGUUACUGCCCCUGCGCUCCGUCGAGGGGGGGCUGUCC